AUGGAAACAUGGAUAGCACGAGCCAAGGGACGGCCUCUAUCUCUCUCCAUCAAAGGUGGCCUGUUAUCAGCAGAGACUCCCCAAGCCCGAUGGCUUGUAGCACUUUUCCAGAAGCAUACUACACGUUGGCAACAUUUACGAUUUGAGCUUCCAGGGGGCGUGCUUCCCAUGUUUAUGCCAUCGCUUUCCCUCCCCGUGCUGGAAACAUUUGAGAUAUAUUCAUCAGGCCUUACAGAGGCUUGGGUGCACGAUCUCUCAAAUGCUUUGUGCUCUGCAUCGCGUCUGCAUCAUUUUGUGUGGGACAACAAUGUGUGGCAAAUCUUGCCACUUCGCUUGCUCUGGUCACAACUAACUCGCCUCACGCUAAAUACCGCUGUCAGUUUUGACCAAUGUUUGACGAUCUUGAGGGAAUCUCAUGUAUUGACCCACGUGUCAUUCCAGAACGUCUCCGUCGUUGGAGUUUCCGGCUAUGAUCCCAUCUCACUUCCUGGUCUCAUUUCCCUUGUUAUAUCUGCUCAGGAAGAUGCAAAUAAUGGCCUCGCUUUUUUUCUCGACCUGCUGACCCUCUCUGGUCUUCGCGAACUUCUCCUCAACUGCCAAGUUUGGCCGCACAAAGCAGUGACCUCGUUCCUCCGCCGCUCACGCUGUCCGCUCGAAAGCUUCAAUCUUUUCUUUCCCCCUGUGACGGAAGCAGAAAUUACGGAAUGUCUUGAAAUCAUUCAAGCCACUUUGGAAGAGCUCACUAUUCAAACUGACGCUGGCGAAAGCAUCCAGGGGGCCAUCACCGAUUGCAUUUUGGACCGCUUGACAGCUGCGAGAGGCAAUCACCACACAUUAUGCCCAAACCUCCAAGUCAUCGCCUUGUAUGACUGCAUCUCAUGUACAAGUGGCCGUUAUGCGCAAAUGAUAGAAUCCCGUCUGGAUCCAUAUCUUCACACACCUACAAUGAAGGUGGUCGAGAUUUAUGAAACCGAGGUGGAGCUGGAAAACUUGAAGGAAUUGAGGAAGCAAGGUUUGAUAUUGAAGAUAUACUCUGAGACGACUGCAGAGGCCCUUGACCUUCUUCCAGAAGAGAUUGCUCGGCUGAAUAAACUUCGUGAAGAAGGCACUGGCGAGACACGUCGCACCGAUCUUCGCCCGCCGCCGACAAACGAUGGAAAAUAUCCUUUGAAGUUUUCACCACAAUCUGCAGAUUCCUUCAUCGCGUUCCUUCCUCCCGAGAUCCUUGCCGCCAUGUUUGUGUACGCCCGACCUACUCGUCGUCUCAGACGCAAAAUAGCUUUUGAAGUAACCCUCAGCCAUGUAUGUAUGCAAUGGCGCGGCAUCGCACUGACGACCCCCGCCCUUUGGACCACCAUCGAUAUUUCCUCGACUAUCUCCCUAAGUUGGGUGCCCAUCUACCUUCAGCGCUCUGGAGAUGGAAUUGCGUUAGAUAUCCGGGUGGAUAUCUAUGCAGAGGACAGACUGGUUCGCCACAGUGCAUCCAAAAACACCGCCGUUGUGCAAGCCAUUACGGAUUUGAUUUGGCUUCACAUUGGUCGUUCAUCCCUCAUUCUUUCCCGUUUGCGCAACGUUGCCGCGCCGCUCUUGCAACGCCUACGCAUCAACGCGGGUCGCGUUAGUCGACCCUUUGCAGAUCCCACUGCUGCUGCUGAUUACAUCUUAUCUGGCGGGGCACCACGGUUGAGAUUUUUGGAGACAGAGACGAUGCAAUGUUUUCCCUUGGCCAACCUUGCGACCCUUCAUCUCCAUAGGCUCCAAAAUGCUGAGCCCAUGGAAUAUGAGCAGUUGACGCAGAUAUUUGCAGCUCUCCCCGUGCUAUCCAACCUUUCCAUCCGCGCGCCGAUGCACUCAUCGCAGUGGCCUCUUCACCUCACUUCUCCUACCUUCCACAUGUCGUCCUUGAGAUCGCUCAUGAUUUCUAAAGAUUGGCUUUUCGCAGCGCGGUUUUUGCUGUCGGUUUCAGCACCUUUGCUCCAGUCUUUGUGGUUGGAUUGCUUGAUGGACGGCUCGAAUUUUUUUGAUGCCCCUCAGGGGAGUUUCACAACUUGGCUGGCAACUCUUAUCUGGUUUUCCAUUGUCGUUCUGAACACCAACUUCAUUGAGAAGACACCACCCUUGAAGCCACUCACAAUUCCAGGUAGACGUGUAGACCUCUGCUCUCCAACCCCCCUCGACAUGUCGACUCAGACAUGUACAACAGCAUGCACAACAGGCCCUGAACGAUGGGCAUCUCCCGAUAUGUGGGUUGAUGCAGUCCCACAACCCUUUACAACAAAUGAGUCGCGUCUCAUCAUUAUUGGGACGGUGGCAAAGGUCAAAAAUCAACCAAAAGCACUUGAUGCCCUAAACACGGUGCUUAUUGACGUUGCAAACAGGAUGUUAAGGGUUCUAAAGGAGAGAAAACCCUAUUGUGGGCCUUACGCUGCCAGCUACCUCUCAAUGUCAUCAUAUGAAUCGUUUGGGGGCUUUUCCCACAUGUCCCGGCUUGCCACAAACUUUGCUUGCGAGAGUGGAGUUUAUCUGGUGAUAAAACUCAUCGAAUUCAUUGACCUCUAUGGUGACUCUGUGUCAAUGUCCAAGUUUAGCAAGAUGUGGACACAGUUCUUGCUUGGACAGCCAAUCAGCUUCCCAACUCAGCCUGAUUCUAGGAUAUCUGCAUUGAUUCGUGUGGUGAUCCUCAUUGAACCAUCCCUCCCUGUUCCUUCUCACCUGGCAAGAUGGCUUGGUAGCUGCCCUUGCUUCUAUGACCAGCAGCUGGUGGCUCCCAAAGAAGACUCAGAGAGGAGGAUGUUUUUGGUUUGUAAAACCAAUAUGGUUAGAUCCACCCACCAUGAAGCAGGGGUUGAUGGUGCAGAGAGUUUUGAGGGUGAUGAGCUGACAGAUGUCAUCCAAAAUUUUGAGAAGUUUAUCAAUUCUUAGAGUUACAGGAAAUGAUUCCAACAUAGCUUACAUCCAACAUGUCUUCAUGAUCCCCAAAA